GUAGUAUAAAGAGGAUUUUAGCGAUUGAUCCCCGAACAGAAAAACAGGAUAUAAAACGUUAGCUUAAAAAAAUAAUUGAAGGUGGUUUGUUAAUGAAUUUCUGUUUUUAAUGAUAUCAGUGAUUUUAUAUGAGAUUAUAUUCUGCUUUAAAGCCUCGUUCAAACCUGCAGAAAGUUCCUGAAGGUGUCUGAAAAUUUCCCCCCGAUCAGAGUGAAUUUAAGCAGGACAGUCAGAAAAACGUCUGUGUCAGAGCGACGACAUCUCUACGACCUUUUCCUUAAAGUUCCUGACAGAGUCCUCUCCUGUUUAUUUCACCGUUUCAGUCAAUCUCACGGGUGAAGGUGUUAAUUCUGCCGUUUCUGAGUCUGAGGAUCAAACCUGAUCAGAGGAAAGACUUUAUUCUGAGUCUGACCUCUAACCCUUCAGCCCAACAACCCUCUCAUUUAGUCUCCAGUUGAUGAUUUCUGAUUAUAAAUCACUUUGAUUGAUUCUCGAUAGAGAAACCAAGUCUGAACUUCGUCCACAUUCCCAGAGGAGCGGACGGUUAAACUGAUCAGGAGGGUCAACCUGCUGCAGGUUUCAGCUCUUCGUCAGAGCAGAUCUGGACUCUGAUUUACUGGAUGUCGUCGUCGUCGUCGUUGAAUAAGCUGAUUUAUUGAUUUAUUGAUUUAUUUUGAAGUUUUUGGUGCUAAAAGUCAGAAAAUGUCUGAGUUUGAUUUUGGGAGCAGGUUCAUUCAGAGCCUGAAAUCAGACGGUCACUAAUGAGAGCAGAGCUGAUCGUGUUUGUGAGGAUUUUAAUACAUCUGUGAUAAAGACUGACAAUCCAACAUUUAUAUUAAAGCUGAUGGAGUUUAUAAAGAUAUUAAUACAGAGAUAUAACAAACGUGUCAUAAAGAUACAUAUACUGUAUAUAUAAAUACAUAUAUAUAUAUACAGUAUAUAUACGGUGACAUUAAUGUUGAAGCAGAGCUCAUACUCUUUAAAAUAGAUUCGGUAUAGAUAUAAAACUUCUAGAUUUAAAUACGUUUUUAUGAACCAGGUGAAUGGUCAGCUCUGAUUGGCUGUUUGUGUUUCUGGCUCUGAGUGAAAGCAGACCUGUAUUUGGAGGCGUUUCCUGUCAGUCUGGACCAAUCAGAUUGGUCUCUGCGAGGAGGUCAAAGGUGUGUUUUCUGCUGCUUCCUGUUGUGAUUUUGCGUCUCUGUGAUUGGUCUGUCUGCUGAGGCUGUUUCACACCUUUACCUGCUGCCGUGUAAAGGAAGUGGGCGGAGCUUCUGUGAUGUCACUCAUUGCUGUAUGGACCGUUGUUUCCACGCCUCCUCUGUCACGUUUAUUUUGGAGUCAGUCGUGUUGUGGCGCCGUUUUUAUCUCACCGUAUCAACACGGCGGGUCUCUCUCAGUGGCGCCACCCGCUGGUUCAUAAAGAAACUGCUCCACGUUGAAACAAAAUAAAAACAUAAUAUUUGCUAAAAACCUGCUUCAGUGGAGGUCAAACAGUCGCCCCCUGCUGGACAUCAGGGGGAUCGCAGGUUCAUGAAAAAAAUCGCAGUUUCCAUAAAUGACGCAACAUUUUCCGUUAAAGAGAAAACACCCGACUCACUAAAUGUCUGCGUCAGUGGUAUGAGGGGAGAAUCGAUCUGAAAAUCAAGAAAAGAGGAAGUUUUUCAAAGUUUUAACGCAGAUGUAGAAACUUUAAAGUCGCCGUUUUUAGGUCUGAAAGUUCGAUUUGAGCUGAAAACUCAACUUCACCUUAAAGUCAGAUUAUCGUCCUAAAUUUAUGAACGAGACGAUGAAAGCUUCACGUAAAGAGAUUCAGACCUCAAACCGAUCAGAGAACGAACACCUGAUCGAAGAAACGACGUUUAAAAACGUCCGUUUUUCUGAGUUCAGGGCAGAAACUUUCAGCUGGAGUUCGAGAGUUUCCUGCAGGUCCGAGUUUGUGUUCAAAUCUUUUAACAUUUUAAACAGUUUUAAACGGUUUUAAACGGUCUUAGAUUUUAAAGGUAAGAGCGGCUCGGACAGCUCGCUGCUCUCUAACUCGUCUUUAUUUCUGUCCGUCACGCCUCAUUGUGUCUGACUCACCGUUUAGCCCCGCCCACCUGACAGCAGGUGUCUGUCUGCAGGUGGAGGUGUGCUGUAGUGCCUGUUAGAAAUGCUAACGCACCCUGAGUGCUCUGACCUUUAACCUGUGUGUGUGUGUGUGUGUGUGUGUGUGUGUGUGUGUGUGUGUCUGUGUGUGUGUGUGUGUGUGUGUGUGUGUCUGCUGUUACUUUGUUCAGUUUUAAAUAAAGUUUCUUGAUGCUGUUUGUAUAUUUUUGCUGACUGAAACUUUUUUUAGUUAAACUGUAGAUUUAGUUUGUGUGGCUGUGUGUGUGUGUGUGUGUGUAGCUGUGGGUGUGUGUGUUUAUGUGUGUGUGUGUAUGUAUGUGUGUAUGUGUGUGUGUGUGUGUGUGUUAUGUGUGUGUAUGUAUGUGUGUAUGUGUGUGUGUGUGUGUGUGUUUAUGUGUGUGUGUGUGUGUGUGUGUGUUUAUGUGUGUGUGUGUGUGUGUGUGUAUGUGUGUGUGUGUGUGUUUGUGUGUGUGUGUGUGUGUGUGUGUAUGUGUGUGUGUGUGUGUGUUUGUGUGUGUGUGUGUGUGUGUGUGUGUGUGUGUUUGUGUGUGUGUGUGUGUUUAUGUGUGUGUGUGUGUGUGUGUGUGUGUUUAUGUGUGUGUGUGUGUGUGUGUGUGUGUGUAUGUGUAUGUGUAUGUGUGUGUGUGUGUGUGGCUGUGUGUGUGUGUGUGUGUGUGUGUAUGUGUGUGUGUGUGUGUGUGUGUGUUUAUGUGUAUGUGUGUGUUUAUGUGUAUGUGUGUGUUUAUGUGUGUGUGUGUGUGGCUGUGUGUGUGUUUAUGUGUGUGUGUGUGUGUGUGUGUGUGUGUGUUUAUGUGUCCGACACUCUUCGAUGUUCAAGUUCAAACGGAUGUUGGAAAACUGAGUGUUAACAAAUAAACAAAAAUAACAGACCGAC